AUGGUCCGUGUCCUGUGGGGCCGGGGUGUUGCUCACCUCCGCGCACAAGGAGGUGUCGCCCCGUCUGCGUGGCGACCUGCUGCCUCCACCGAGGCGUGGGGGACGGGUGGAGGCUCGUUUCGCUUCGAGUUCCAGAAUAAGGGUGCAAACAGCCACGGACAACUUGGUCUUGGUCAUAAAGAGGAUGUGCUGGUACCUCAGUCACUGAAAGAUAUUUCCUGCAAAUGUCAAGACAUUAAAAGCAUUACUGGAGGAGGGGGACAUUCUGCAGUUAUCACUGGUGUGGGAGAACUCUUUGUAUGUGGCCAUAACAAAGACGGGCAGUUGGGAUUGAAUCAUACAGAGAAUGUACUGCAUUUUACUUUGUGCACUGCCUUGUCCAGCUUUUGUGUAAAACAAGUUGCCUGUGGCUGGGAUUUUACAAUCAUAUUAGUAGGAUCUGGCCUAGUUCUGUCCUGUGGGUCUAACUCUUUUGGACAAUUAGGAGUUCCUCAAAUAUCAAGUCCGUGCUUGAUUCCACAAAAGAUUGAGUCUCUCAAAGAGAAGGUGGUGGAUGUUGCUGCAGGACUGAGACACGCCCUUGCUGCUACGGAGAGCGGUUUGGUAUUUCAAUGGGGAACUGGCAUGGCGUCUUGGGCAAAGCGUGCAAACCAAGGAAAAACCCUCCCCCUGUUCUUGACAGCAAAGGAGCCCUGUGAAGUAACAGGCCUGGAAGAUGUAAAGGUGAAGAGGGUUGCUGCAAGCUCCUAUCAUUCGGUGUCACUCACAGAUGAAGGACACCUGUAUGUCUGGGGUAGCAACAAACACGGGCAGCUAGUGAGCAAAGAGAUCUUUCUUGUUGUGCCCAAGAAGAUUGAGACUCAGUUUUUCUCACGUGACAAGAUUGGAGCAGUUUGGAGUGGCUGGACCCACUUGGUGGCACAAACAGAAACUGGCAAGGUAUUCACCUGGGGCAGAGCGGACUAUGGGCAACUUGGAAGGCACGCAGUGGUUCCCGAUGGGCAGGAGGCGUGCAUAGCAUCUGAACAAUGCUUGGAGCUGUUGUGUAACAUCCCUAUUUCAGUGCCUUGCCUAAAUGGAGCAUCUCAGAUCGCAUGUGGCUCAGAGCAUAAUCUGGCAGUCGUUGGUGGCCAGUGCUUCUCUUGGGGAUGGAACGAACACGGGAUGUGUGGUGAUGGCACAGAAGCAAAUGUCCAUGUCCCAAAGCCAAUCAAAGCUCUUGGUUACGCAAAACAGAUCUUAAUUGGAUGUGGGGCAGGACACUCCAUGGCUCUUUGUCAAACUCCAUGUUAGACUCCUGAAAUCAUAGCAUCACGGAUGUGGAUGGACAUCUUUGGAUUGCGUAGCUCAGAAGUGCUACAAGAGGAUUGCCCAUGAUUAACACAAUAGUUGGAAAGUGCAGAAGUUUUUUCUAAGACUAAAAGGAAGAAGUAUGCAUAGAAAACUAUAAUAUUUUAAAAGUUGUUUCAUGGGUCCUUUUCACAGGAAUUUACUUCCUUACCCACAGAUAGAGUGACAAACAUUUUGCUUUGAUGCAGUACCAUUGAAGAAAGAAUGACUUUUUCUUGUUCUUCUGAGAAGUCUUUGAGGAAUAAACAGGCUGCUUAAUUGCUUAUCAUUGGUGUAUGAUAUAAGGAAAUGGUCUGAGAACGUAGAGACAUAGGGCCCCUUCUGGUCUUUUAUUAUUGUAUCUUUAUGUCAUGAUGAGCAUGCAUUGCACCUGCCAACUUCUACUGGAGUUGUGAGCUCCCAGCAUCUCAGAAAAUCGAGUUUGCAUCAUAGAGAAAUGCCAGUGAACAUAAAUAGAUGCAUACACACAUUUUAAACAGAAGAUUAGGAUUAAAAAAAAAAAAGGAGAUAUAAUUUAGAAGACUGGCAAAAGGGGAAAAUGAGGCCCUUCUGAACUAGCUAUACCUUGAUUAUCUGUGAAAAGAGCAAUAUUUCUGAGGAAUUAUCUUCUGUGCCAGACGUCAGUUUAUUAUAGGUUUACAGGGAUGCAGAUCUGCAUGAAUUAUCAUUAACUUGCAAACCAAA